UAGAACAAUCAAAACGGUCAAUAGCAGUACAUGAAUUUAAGAAUCGCCUUAAAUCGCUCUCUCUCUCAAAAGAUGAAUUGAAGUUUAAAGUUUCAGUAAUAAAGGCCAUGAUUGCCAUAAUUUCAGUGAGGAAGAAGAAGAAGAAGAAGAAAGCUCACCAUUUUUUUUUUCCUUUUGUAUCUUCGACGCCUCAGAGAUCGACUGGUCCACGCUCUCUUCUCUGACCCACCAACCACCAUUAAACCCUUUUCUCUCUUUCUCUCUCUCUCACACAUGCUUCCAUUUAUGAACCCAUUACCCACCUCAUCAAUCUCUCUGCCCUUCUCUUUUUGAUGUUUCUAAAACCAAAUCCCAACUCAGGAAAUUCCCGGAAUGUCGAUCGUUUAUUAAUUUCGCGCCGUCACACCAAAGGGAUUCCUUGAGGUUCGUUGUUCUUUUUUAUUUUUUGAUUUGCUUGAUCUCUCCGUAGGAAUGGGUUCUUUGUUCGCAUAAUCGAGGCCAGAAAAAUGGGCGGUGUUACUUCGUCCAUGGCGGCGAAACUCGCUUUCUUCCCGCCGAAUCCGCCUUCCUACAGACUUGUUGCCGAUGAAUACACCGGUCUCUUGCUUCUCAGCCCCUUUCCUCACCGUGAAAACGUCGAAAUUCAUAAAUUGCCCACUCGUCGUGGUACUGAGAUUGUUGCUGUCUUCAUUCGUUACCCCAUGGCCACCUCUACGUUGCUUUACUCUCAUGGAAACGCUGCUGAUAUCGGCCAGAUGUACGAGCUUUUCAUUGAAUUAAGCAUUCACCUACGCGUUAAUCUCAUGGGGUAUGAUUAUUCAGGAUAUGGUCAAUCAUCUGGAAAGCCAACUGAGCAGAAUACAUAUGCAGAUAUCGAAGCUGUAUACAAGUGUCUUGAAGAAAGCUAUGGUACUAAGCAGGAAGAUAUCAUUCUAUAUGGCCAAUCAGUUGGAAGUGGCCCUACUUUGGAUCUUGCAGCUAGGCUGCCUCAUUUAAGGGCUGUAGUCCUUCAUAGUCCAAUACUUUCUGGUUUAAGAGUUAUGUAUCCAGUCAAGCGUUCAUAUUGGUUUGACAUUUAUAAGAAUAUUGACAAAAUUCCCCUCGUCGAUUGCCCGGUCCUUAUCAUCCACGGCACUUCAGAUGAAGUGGUUGAUUGCUCUCAUGGUAAGCAACUCUGGGAGCUAUGCAAAGAAAAGUAUGAACCGCUGUGGAUUAAAGGAGGAAACCAUUGUGAUCUAGAGCUUUAUCCUGACUACAUCAAACACCUCAAAAAGUUUGUAUCAACGGUGGAGAAAUCCCCAUCCCACAGGCACAGUACCAGGAAGAGCACAGACCAGCUUGAGAAACCUCGAAAGAGUACGGAUUUUUUCGAGGUUUCAAGGAAGAGCACAGAUAGGAGAGAGAAGCCAAGGCAAAGCACGCCUGAAAAAAUGAAGAACCAGUAUGGUAAUACAGAUAAAUUAGAAAAAGUGAGAAUGUCAGUUGACCAUAAAGAAAGGUCGCGUAGGAGCGUCGAUUGUCACGAGAAGUCUAGGAAAAGCGUUGAUCACCAGUUGGAAAGAGCAAGAAAGAGUGUUGAUCGACUUGACAGAAUACACACCGGAUAAUUGUUGGGUAUAGCAAAAUUGUAUUCAGGAACAGGAGUGGGAUAGUAAGAAUUUCACAAGUUUUUUCUGUUCUAUGUAUAAUUUAUGAUCUUUAAGAUGUGUAGUUUGCCUCUUGAAAGUUUAAAGUUAACUAUCAAGAAAUGAGAAAAGGAUUUAGUGUCU